GCAAAUGGGGCAAGUGCGCUCUCAUCACCGUGUUUUCAAAAGACAGGACCACACCUUUCUCAUUCCUGUACCUCUGGUUAUAUACUCCAUAGCAGCGAAGUAACCUGAUAACAAUGGCUGACUGGUCUCACUAUGCAACGCCAGACCCCGAGUUCAUGGCUGCAGUAGCAAAGGCACCACCAACGUCACUUCCAGAAGUAAAAACUGCACUUGAAGGUGAUCAGGUUCUCAUCGGAGCUCAGAAGGCCUCUGGAGAGAUGAUGCGCAAGGCUGUCGAGGCGGCUGGCCCACCCGUGGGUAUUACGGUGGUAGAGAAGCGGAUUCCUGUGACCACUCCCCCAGGAGAUAUAGCAAUCAGAAUCUACACUCCGCAAUCUCAAGACAGUUCGGAGACAUUUCCUGUGUACGUCCAUUUACACGGUGGCGGUUACUCACUCGGAAACCUUGACAUGGACGAGCUCGUUUGCCGAGAAAUCUCUGCAAAACAUCGCAUUGUCGUUGUGAAUGUUGACUACCGUCUCGCUCCUCAAUUCCGCUGGCCAACCGGUCCAACUGAUGCAUAUGAUGCUGUAAAAUGGGUAUCCUCCAAUGCAUCAGAAUUGAGAGUUGAUCUCAAGAAAGGUUUCAUUGUCGGUGGCCUUUCUGCAGGUGGAAAUUUCACAUGUGUAGUUACGCAACGUGCACGAGAAGACCCAGGUCUUCAAGAUAAAAUUACAGGCCAAAUUUUGCAAGUCCCAGGAACUAUGUCGCAUGCAAAGGAAUUUCCGGAACACCUCAGAGACAAAUUGAAAUCUCAUGAGCAGUGCAAAGAUGAUCCCAUACUUCCUCGUUCAAAUCUUGCAUUAUUCACAGGUGCCUAUCAGCCUGGUGAUCCCUGGGAUCCUGCUGUGUCUCCUCUGCUGGCAAAGUCCUUCUCUGGCCUUCCUCCUGCCUAUGUUCAGAUCGCUGGAAUGGAUCCAUUGCGCGACGAAGGUCUCCUUUAUGCCCAGAUGAUGCAGGAAAGCGGGGUUUCGACUAAGGUCGAUGUGUAUCCCGGUGUGUCUCAUGGAUUUACGUAUUACUAUCCAACGAUUAGUGCUGCGGUGAAAUGGCGCGCAGAUCUGGACGUUGGCAUCCAAUGGGUUUUAACGUUUGCUAAGCAGUGAACUAAGGGAACCAUCAGGUCACUCAUCGCGUUACAGUCUUUUUAUCACUUGUACGCAAUUGUACUCGCUUUAUUCUUCCUUCCACGUUUCCCCAAGAGGUGUAUCGAGGGAUUUAAACUAUAUAAGGCACCUUGUCUAUAGUUCAAGUGAAACCGUUAUAAAACUGAAUCUG